CCUUGGGAAGGGGAGUAAGAGGGAGGAGAGAUGGAAAAGAGGGAAAGGAGAGAUGAAGAAAAGGAGAGGGAAUAAGAGAGCCGAAGCAUGCAGCCGCUGCAAUUGUAAAGUUCUCAAGGUUCAACAGCUAAUGGACAAAAUAUUACUAAUGCCAGUGUAAACUCAGGAUCAGGAUGUAGGCCUGGCAUGGAUGCAAAAAUGCUGCUGUCGUGUUUGCGGCAUAUCUUGUGCAUUUUCAUCCCGUUAUACUUUGUGGAAACUCAGCAUCCCCUCCAAGCCAACAUCACGCUAGUGUUCGACAGCUCAGACCAUGCUGACCGCUUAUGCAACUGCAGCUGUGCGACGGAGGUGCGCAGUUGUGAUGAAGCUCUUGCCAACCUGAUGUGCAGCUGUGGCACCGUGUGGCGCUCGGCUCUGUCACCUGGCUCCCUGGAGGCGGAGACGCUGACGGUGUGGGCGUGGCAGCCCUGGCUGCUGAGGGAGCUGCUGAAUGGCAGCAGGGUUUCAGAGCUCCAGCUGUCUCUGUGUAGCCCUGCCUCAUUUCUCGAACCGCCUCAAUAUCUCACUAUUGUGGAUCUGAGGAAGCUUCAGAUCUCCAACAACGGGAUGGCACAGCAUGCGAGUGAAAGAGUCCUGAACUUCGGGCUGGAUGUGCAGGAUGGGAAUCUCAGCGUCGCUUUUUUAGACUUGUGGUCAUUGAAUAAUCACUUGAAGGCCUACAGCGUCAUUGGACCACCGCUGCAGAUGCUCAUGCAACAUUUCCCUUACCUUCAGCAAGCCAAUAUUAAGAUUACUGACCUAGAAGAGAGGCACAAGCAAUCCAUCCUAACUUUUAUUUACUAAACAAAUGUCUUGUACUAAAUAGAGUCUUUGGAACCAGUCAUUUCGCAUGCCGAACAACGUGGAGAAAGAGCUGUUUUCUACACUGGACUAAAAAUAUAAUCAUAUCUGUUCAAUCAUGCCCUACUCCUUAGUCUCUACAAACCUAUAAGUAUAUUUUUAGUAUUCUGCCCCCUGCAGUGUGUUAUAGGAUUUCAUGAGUGCACUGGGUAAUUCUUCACUACAAAACAGAAACCCCCAGUGCAGUGCAUCUUUUAGUAAACUGCGCCGUUUAAGACGUGAGAGUUUAUUGUAAAGGAAAGUUUCCUUCAGUUUUAGAUUUUCUACCAAUACCAAAAAAAUGAGAGAAGAAUCACUUCCUUUUUCCUUAGAAGCUGUACAUUCUGAUAAACAACAUCUGUGGCACUUCUCUGGCACCAGUUCAUUUUGCUACUAAGACUCAAUUUUUCCAUAUUUUUGUGGAAUAAAUUCCAGGUGUUUUUUUUUAGUUCCAAAAGUGAUGGAGCCGUAACCAGAAUGGUUUCUAUUAUUUCCUCCAUUUGAGCCAGAUGUAAGAAACUGAAGGUGUAAGAAAGUUUAUACAGUCUUAAUUCCUGUGUGGGAGAUAGAUAUGAUCAUAUUAGCCUUGUAAUGUUUAACAGUCUGUUAAACAUAAAAUAUUAAUUGCACCUUAGCAUUUUAAAAUCGGUCCUCUAUUACUACUAGAACUACUAGCACUUAAAUAAAUCAACGGGAAAAAAAAAUGUAUAUGAAGGUAUCUGAAAGAAAAUAUUAAAACUAGCUAUCAAAGUCUAGGAAUUUUAGAGGGAAUCAAGUGGCGAAUCUUGCUCAGUGUAUAUAGAGUUGUCAGAUGUACAAAAUUGGCACAGUAAUUGAAUGAUAUUAUUAUUAUGUUGUAUUAUUACUAUUAUUAUUAUUAUAACUAAAUAUAUUGAGAAAAUAUUCUGUAAAUCUUCGCAUAUGUCGAAUAACUGACUAAAGGUCUGACUAAAGGCUUGAAUAAAUGACAAAUAAAUGUUCA